AUGAAACCAAUUCUAAUGAAUGUAUUGGGUAAAUCAUAUGAAAUCAAAUCGGGAAUAACAAAAGUUGGAAAUACUGAAGCUUGUGAAAUUUAGGUGCCCCUUGCUGAGUGCUUCAGGCUCAAACGUGAGGAUAACUUUUUGUGGGUCCAACCUCUAGUUAAUAUUCAUAGAAUAAAUGGAUUUGGUUUAAAGGAGUCUUUAUGUGCAGGGAAGGAAUUUGAACUAGAUCUUUCGACAGGAAAGAAAGAGAUAAUUGCUGGAGAUGAACGAUAUACUUUUGAGUUUGGGAAACCAAGGAUAAUCAGAAUAAAUUUAAUUGAUCAUAAUAAAUCAAUGGAUGAACCGCCAAUUAUUAAAAAAGUGUUGAAUGAAUCGAUGUACUCUCAGAAUCCGAAAACUCCGUAAAAGAAAGCCAAAGCCCUUCAUUAUUGCUUUGUUUAGAAUUACAUCAAAUAAUUAAAUGGGGUUUAUAAACUCAAAUUUUCUAAUUCUUAUGUUUGUGCUGAGGAUCAAAAUAAACUCUAUAAGUUGGGGAUUGAAAUAGACCCCAAUGAAUACAAUAUCUUGGUUAUGGAUUCUUAUAAAAGGACAUUCAACUUGCUAUUGGCCCUGAAUUAAGGGAAGAUGAUAGUGAAUUCUUAAUGGAUAAAAGAUUGUCUAUCUUCGAUGCAAGUGUAGAAUCCAUAUUUAUAUGUUCUGAAAACUAAUAAUUUUAGUAUAUUAAAAUCCAUAGGAAGUUCCCUCUCGAAUAAGAUUUUCUUGAAUAAGCAAUUUCAUUUAAGUCCGGAGUUAAAAUCAAACAUGACGAAGGAAGAAAUAGUGAAAUUGAUAGAGGCUGGUGGAGGCACUAUCAGUAAUGAAUCAAAUGCAUAUAGGAUUGUGAAUAAUGGUGAGGGAGGUGGUCUUUAGUUGGAAGAAUUUAUUCAAAUGAUUUUGUAUUAAAAAGUAUGA